UUCUUCUUCAAAAAAGUGCAAACCCGUCCAAAACUUCUGCCAUGUUCUCACUGGACGGUGAGAGUCUGAAGCAUCUCUCUCUUGAGGUGCAUAACAUCCUUCCAUGAUGAACAGCACCAAGAAUGGCACAGCGGUGGAGGGUUCGGGUGCCAGCGGGACAAUGGUGCUCGAGUCGGCCUCAAUCAUAGUUAUUGCUUUGCUCAUCUGCUUAGGAAAUCUGCUUGUUGUUGUGACACUUUAUAAGAAGCCCUACCUGCUGACACCUAGCAACAAGUUUGUGUUCAGCCUGACCUUGUCCAACCUGCUUCUGUCAGUGCUCACUCUCCCUUUUGUGGUAGCCAGCUCUCUGCAGCGAGAAUGGAUGUUUGGGGUGGUGUGGUGCAACUUCACAGCCUUGCUUUAUCUGCUUGUUAGUGCCGCUAGCAUGCUCACGCUAGGAGCCAUUGCCAUUGACAGGUACUAUGCUGUAUUAUACCCUAUGAUCUACCCAAUGAAGAUCACAGGAAAUCGGGCCACAGUGGCCAUUGUUUACAUUUGGCUUCACUCUUUAGUGGGCUGCCUGCCGCCACUUUUUGGUUGGUCGGCGUUUGAGUUUGAUAACUUCAAGUGGACCUGCACAGCAGCCUGGCACAAGGAAGUUGGCUAUACAUCUUUCUGGGUCACUUGGUGCUGCUUGCUUCCUCUGGCGGCUAUGCUAGUGUGCUACAGUGUUAUUUUCCGUGUAGCUCGUAUCAAAGCACGUAAGGUGUAUUGUGGGACUGUGGUGGUUGCCCAGGAGGAGUCUGGCAUGCAGAAGAAUGGUCGCAAGAACUCCAACACCUCCACCUCUUCUAACAGCAGCCGCAAGAGCCUCAUAUACUCAGGCAACCAGUGCAAAGCUUUCAUCACCAUCCUGGUGGUGAUGGGGACAUUCUUGGCUACCUGGGGGCCCUAUGUGGUAGUGAUUGGAACUGAGGCAUUGUGGGGAAAAGGUAGUGUUUCUCCACAGGUGGAGACUCUAGCAUCCUGGCUGUCUUUUACCAGUGCAGCAUGCCACCCAUUAAUCUAUGGACUAUGGAACAAAACCGUGCGUAAGGAGCUGCUGGGUAUGUGCUUCGGGGACCGCUACUACCGAGAGUCAUUCGUCACACGUCACAGGACGUCACGACUCUUCAGCAUCUCAAACCGGAUCACUGAUCUGGGGAUGUCUCCACACCUGACAGCAAUGCUAGUUGGAGGAGGGCAACUCUUAAGGCCUGGCAGUAGCACUGGUGAUACUGGGUUCAGUUAUACUCAAGACUCAGCUACAGACAUCAUGCUACUGGAUAACUACUCAUCUGACACUUCGCAUUUCACACACUGCAAUAGCUUUAAAAGAAGAAGCUCCGUCACAUUUGAGGACCAAGUAGAACAACCUCGUAAAAGUGACUUCCCAACAGUCCAAGUUACUGCCGAUGUCCAUAAGUCCCUUGACAGCUUUGCAUACUGUCUGGCAAAGGUCAUAGAGAAUGAUGCCAAGCUGCAGCUGUUUGGGGAGAGCACGCCAAUUCCUAGCAGUUUAUUGAUAGCACGCAACACACAGAGAGGACCACGGUAUCUAGAUGGACAGAGACUUAGAAUGGAGAGCAUUGAUGAAGGAAUAGUCAAAGAUGAUGAAGAUGAAGAAAAUGUCCAUGAUGGAUUUGUCUGAUGGUAUAUACACUGCACUUUAAGUGUACACUGUGCACUAUGCUGCCUUGUUUGGUACAGAGUCUUAUUAAGGUACUCAACCAUCCAUUUAAAAAUGUGGGUUAUUAUUUAUGUAAUUGAUAAAUAUAGGAACCAUGAGCUGGUUAAAGACUUGCAUAAAGGAGACUGAGACCUGUGUGGACAAAGUUAAAUGUACUGUAAUGGAGAUGCCCCUUUAUAGCAAAAUGGGGGGAGAGAUUUGUUUGUAUUGUUUUAAGAUAACUAAGCUGUGUUUGUGCACAGGCGGCACGUAAAAUAGGUACAACUUAGACAGUUGUAAUCAGUACUUUGUCAAGGUGCCUUUUUUUGUUGUUUGUUUUUGUUUUUUUUUUUUGCAAGGAAGCCAUAACCACUAUAUUGAGUACCUGUGAUGUCUGUGGGGAAUAAUUAGUGCUGGGAGCCUUAAAUAUUAUUCUAUACAUGUUUUCCUUUGUAUAAUUUACUUUGUAUGAAGAUGGUGGGUUUUAAAACAAAGGAAUCUUGUAUUCCUGUUUUAUGCUGAGAAAGUUAGUCUGGUGGCAGUAUGCCAUGAUGUUUCUAAUGUAAAAAACAGUUAACGUGGUGCAUUAUAAUCAGUAUUAUGAGCAGUUGUUUAUAUGCUAGUAUUCAUUCUCAAUCCACGAGGCUUAUCCAGCUCUGCCUCCUGUGACGUGAUGUCUUUGUUGAAACAGGCUGGGACUCAUUGCAUUAGGAACUUCUCCAGUAGUAUUGAGAUGCAAGAACAGCAAUGUUGUGUCUUUAUUAGUACAGUUGCACUUAAAUGAUAUGUGCUGUCUUGAGGUAAGGUUCCUUUUCUCCUGCUACUGUUAGAAUAAGGAAACUGUUCCACUGACCUGCAAAUUGUCCAAUUGAACAAAGAAUAGUUUACAAUUUAGUCUGAGAAUUC